AUGCCUGUGAAUCAUUCGCACCUACCUGGCCACUGGCCAGCUGUAUGCACAAUUGUUGAUGUUGUCGUGUCACGAUAUUGUGAUGAGGGCAGUGCCAGGGCGUACUUGUGCAGAGCCAGGUCUCAGUGGAUCUCUCAAGUAAACACGUUGCUAUGCUCCUUUGCUGCUUGUAGCAUAGGGUGCAAGAAUGCAGAUGCAGGUUCCUUCCAGACGUUGCUGUUGCCAAUACUGCCAUCAGAUGGUGUUACACCCUCGACAGUGAAUAGUGGCAUCUUAUUCCACACUGUCGCAUUUUGUGUUUUGGGCAUCCACUGCACUCGACUGAGAGAGUUGUGA